UGGACCAAUACGGAGCAGUGAAUUUCACCUGAGACGCUCAAGAUAGCGCGGUUUAAGUGACAGCAAACAGAGAUUAUGAAUAUUGCACGCGUUGAAUAGAUAGUGCUUGAUACGCCAUUUGGUUUUCAAAGUUUAUGCUUUAAAUGAGUUUAUAUAACGAGUUUGUGAAGAAAUGUUUGGGUUGGAUAACUGUGUGGUGAAAUAUUUUUUUAUGGUAAACAGUGGACAAACGCACGCUGUUAUUUUGUGCGCUUUGAAUACGUUGCAACAUGUACACAGAUAUCAGUUAAAUAUUGUAAAACAUAGUUGAAUAAGAUACAGUGUUGGACGAUAGGUUUGGAUUUAAGACAUUUGAUAUGAUAACUGCUAUCUGUCAGUAAACUGUCAGUUUUGGUCGCCUUAAAUUACUGUUUACAUUCGUAUUAACACCAGGUAAUAACUUAACAAUUAUGUACUAGUAUCUUGCGAUAUAUUUGAUAGUCGAGCAAGUUUGACCUAGACAUAAAAUAUGUAAGGUGAAGAAAAUCAGUGUCGCCAACAGUUCUCGUUGAACUUUUCGGAUACGCAUACAUUUCGGACAUUGAACUGUGUCGGGAUCUUGACAUACCCCUAUGCCAAGUUGUUCAGACCGCUACUUCGGGAUCAUGUGACUGUAUAAAGAUAUGUGUCCCUGCUACGUGGGAUAGUAUGUAAGCUAGCUCGUCCUCCAUGGAGCCAUUCACACCGGGUUUAUCUACAUAUGAUCAAAGAUUAACCAAGUAAAGCUAUUUGCCACCAGGAAGGUAACCAUGGUUACAGUUACGCGAUGUUUGCUGCUUCUGGUUGCCAUGGUAAUCAGAUGCCAUGGAGACGAACCGGUCUCGCACCUGAUACUGCUUGACGACCUGCCGCCAUCCCUGUCUGGCUCUAAGAUUCCGCAACUAGAGAUUCGAACGAAUUUUAGCGGGGAGUUAGAGUUUCGCGAGGCGGACGAGUUCAAGGUGCUCCUCAACAUAUCCGCCCCAUCCAUUCAGGGGGUGUAUGCGGUCGCCGCGCAGGUUGUGCAUAACAAUGGCAAACUGCUGGUUCAAGUCUACGAAAAGCCGUCGGUGUACACGCCGUAUACCCUUCAAUGGAUCUUCGUGGGGGUGGGGAGUCUAGGGGGCGUGGUCUUCCUGGCCGCCAUUAUCUACGUCACGUGGUGGAACCAGACGGGGCAGUAUAAAAAACUUAUAAAGGAAAGAGCAAUGAUGGAGGCCCGUAAUAUGUCCCCGAACAGCGAGCACGGUGUAGCCCUGGGGUUGCUAGGCAACAACUGCGACGAUGACGUCGACGGAGAUGAGGACAGCGGCAGGAGGAACACAACACGCGUCGGUGUCGGCAAGCCAGAGACAAUCAUGGAAGAGUCCGAGGAGUCCGCCGACGACGACAGAACGCACGUUAAAUACAAACAGACUGAUGUCAAGAAAAUACAGCGGGCGUUGUCGCUAAGAGAGCGCGUAGACCGGACCUCCACUGGCAACUUUUUCCAGUCCGAGGACGAUCUCUCUCCCGACGAGCGCAUCGCCGGCGCCGACGGGAACUAUACGCCGCUGGACGAAAUUGACGACGUCUUGAAUCACGACCACGUCAUGCUUAACUCCCGGAGCGUUGCGAAACUCCCCAACCCGCGCGGAAAUCUGGACUUUAAUAUUCACUCGAGCAGGUCGGACGGGGAUUUACUUGCGCACCCGAAAAAAGUUUCGGAGAGGGAGAAGGUAAUUCCAGUACAAGCGGAGAAAAAAAUGUUGGUGGUUCUGCCGCCCAAGGUUAAGAAAUCUCAGAGUAGACAGAUACCUAUACCGCAACGCGCGGAGCCAAAUAUUUAUCAGAGAGGUCUGAAUCUAAGGCCGCCGGGAGCGGUGAACGACCUGAGCUCGUCCCCCGCGCGCGCCUCCAAGACGCAUGCUCAGGUGCACACUCCGGAACAUCAUUACUCAAACAACAGCUUCGGUCAAUACAUUGAACUCAAGCCAACGGACUACAUGUCGCGGUCACGUGUCAGCCAGGAGUCCAAUGACGCCUACGACUUGUACACCUACCCUGCGGACAUCCCGCUGUCCACAUUCAAGGCCGCUAACACCAGUCCGAUGAAAGAAUCUCACUACCAGGUCCCAAGGACGAAGCCGAUACCCGUUGUCAACUCCAGCGGCUCCCCAACCCCCUUUGACUUCGAUAACCUGAGACCGAAAUUCUCCAGAUUUGAGGCAACGUCGCCUGGUGGAAAGUUCAGUAUGCUUAGUGAGGAUAUAGGAAGCGACUCCCCCUCCGGGAGUGAUGUCGACGAUGAUUAUGACCACAACAUCGUGCGUCUGGAGGACUCGGAUAUUGAGGAUCUGCCGCCGUCGCCGACGAAACCCGCCGACGGGGAGGCUCUGUCACAGGAUAGCAUGCCGCUUCCCAGUCCACCGGAUAUGAACAGCGAGUAUCUACCGUACGGGAGUAAAGAGAUGGGGCAGAUCUCGCAGCUGUCCCCCAGACAGAGUAUCGCCUUUGAUAACAAGGAAUACGGUACACUUAUUGCCAUAACCGGGUCCCCGUCCCCCGGCGGUCCGUUUUCCAAGCACAGCGUCAAUCGGUUUGUAUUUCCGCCGCCGGAUGCAAGCCUGAUCAAGAGGGAACUCGUCUACCCCAGCGCUGAGCACCCGGUUGAAGUAAGUUCUGGCCGCUCAAUGAAUCUGCUGUCACCACCGCCCGUGGGCAGCUUUAAGUCGCGAGAGCGGAAAUCAAACACUGGAAAGCGGGAGCGCAACACGAGCGGCAGUGUAGCCGGAAAUGGCGUCGACCAGGAGAGGGCAGCGGCUUGGGAGGCCCAGCGGGAGCGACGACUUAGCGGAAGCGACCGCGAGCGGAAGACCAGUGAGACAGAGAGGGAACGGAAAGCGAGCAUCGGCAAAAAGGGCGGAAAGCCCCCGAAACAUCUACACAUGAUGAUGCUGUCCGUAUUCUGCGUUCUGAGUAUAAUGUCCGGAGUAUAUUGUGCCUCGCUGACAGGGGAGACGACUGUGAAUAUAGUUGUGUUUGUGCCCAAGAGUUAUCCCUACAACAACUCGACGGUGAUCUGCGCGAAAGACAAGACCUUAAAGGUCAUCAAUGCAGAGAGCGUCAAUUGGUUUGUGUCAAACGAACCCAUUCUUCACAAGUUGAACUCCACCCUGUGUAACGGCGUGACCUGCAAACACACGUGUGACGAGAACACAGGGGAGUGCAUAUGUCGUCAUGGAUACCAGAAGAACGCGCGCGGGGACUGCAUAGACAUCAAUGAAUGCCACACGGGACAAAUGCAGUGCCCAAACCCCAAAUCGGGCUGCCUGAACUCGGAGGGCUCGUACGAGUGUCUGUGCUCCGAGAAAAGCAACCUGUACUGGUAUCAGGGGCAGUGCCUGGACUGCUCGGACCCAUGUCCUCAGGGGCUGUACGAGUAUCAGCCAUGUAACCAGGCGCAGGGACUUCCCCGGAUAUGCAGAAACUGUACUCAGUUUUGCGGAUCGAACUUCUACGUGAAGGAGCCCUGUACUGCACGUAAAGAUGCCGUCUGCUUGAUGUGCCAACCGAAAUGUAACGGAAGUCGCGAGUUCGAGUACAAACAAUGCAGCUCCAUGCAGAACAGAGAAUGUAAAGACAAAUCCAAUUUGCGGAUGCCGAGCGUCACCGGAAACGUGGUUCUGGACGACAGAGACACUUCCGGCGUCUCCCAGGACAAUCUAUACACGUCGUUCGCAUACAAUCCCGUAAAGAACAACCAACUCAGCUUUCUGCUAAAGAAAGGGGUGGCGGGUCUGGGAUCAGAGAUCUGGGUGGACAUUACGCUCCUGGACGCCCAGCCCGUGAUGAUGUUCCGACCCGUGGACCACUCCCGCGAGUUCACCCCCGGGGAGUUCCCGGGACCCGGGCCAAUCCUCAAGAAAUACUGCCCCUACCCCCUGCCUUAUCAGUAUGAGUACAAGUACAUCAAACAUAAUAACGUUUACUACAAAGGGGACACCAGUGACGGACUGAACACUCUGAAGCCGUGCGACAGCAAACCGGAGAGCUUCCCGAACGUGACCGAGGCCCGCCGCAACUCGAUAUUCUGUACGAAGCCCGGCAUCCUCAGUGACGCCUUCUAUGGGAUCAAUCCCGAGGACUACCGAACCACACAGUCAGUCUGGGAGGAGUACUCGGAGAGGUGCCGCCGACUGCACGAAAACUGCGAAUCGUGUUCCAAGAAUUGCUCCAAGCUACUUCCGCUGGACACCAGGCCGGAGUGCCGCGUCUCCGUCGCCGACGGCACGGGGGACUCUCCCCGACUCCCGGCCUGCUACUCGUGCUGUAUGAAGACCAGCUGUACCGACCCGUGCCGGACGUACCACAACCACCAAUGCCCGAUGGUCAGAUGCCAGGUCGGUAACCUGGUCCAGUUCCAGCUGGUUCCGGUGUACCAGAACGCGGACACGUACUACUGCCACGUGGAGCCAGCCACCGACCAUCGCAUCCUCACCCUCGAGUACAGCGUCAUCAUCGGCACCCAGGGGAAGAUAUUCCUUAAGAAGCGGCUCGACGUCCUCACUGACGGGGAGUGGGUGAAAAAAGGGCGACUUAGAAAAAGCGAUGCGAUCAUUUACGUGGAGCUCGAUUCCCUGAUUCGUGACCAGCCGAACCUCGUGACGGUACGUCAGGUCAGCCCAGACCGGGUAUUCGUGGACGUAGGUCACUACCGGGCCCAGGGCGUGGCCCUUAGCUCCAGCGUCAUCAGCGAGGACUCCGCGUUCAUUCGGCCCGUAAAACCGUUUGGAAUCAGUCAGAAACUUUUCGCCCAAAGGAACUGUGAGGAUACUGAUCUGGAUGGCAUCGUAGUCGGCAAGGACCUCCAAGAUCCGAACAAUGUUCUGCGUGACCUCGUGCCAAUCAAUCUCGGUAACGGGACGUUCCAGGUGUCCAACAAGACCUCGAGCACCGCCAUGGUGGGUAUCAACCCACACUCAUCCAUCCUCAAGGCGAUAUUCAAGCCGACGAAGGUCGAUGUGACGGCCAGUAUGACCAUGAACGGAACCCAUUGGAUCAUCACGAUAUUGGGGCGUGUGGAGAGCUGCCCAGGUGUGUUCAGCCUGAACGUGUCGGACUACAGCUACCUGGAGCACCCCUGGUACCAGUAUGACGUCGCCGUCCAGUGCCCCAACACGUUCAGCGUUAACGUUUCCGUGCCCAGCGGCGACCCCCGCUCCCUCUCUAAGGACGUGCAGGUCCUCGUGAGGGACGUAGAGGGCGUCAAGAUCCUCGUCGUCCACACCGUGGGUCUGCAAGAGGACUACUCUGCAUACACGAGUCAUACUGAGCCAUCAGAAAAGUCAGAACUUGAGAAACAAGUUGCCAAAGACAAAGAGAAGACACACCCAGCGCAUUUCUCCAUUCUGUUUAUUGCGGUUGUCGCUGGGGCAGUGGUCCUUCUCCUGUUUCUUUUGUGCUUCGGAGUUGCCUGGGAACAAGGAAUCCCUGCCGGCAAGUUUCAGCGGUUCCGAGUGCGCCACCUGGUGCUGCUGGUUAUAUACAUCACCUUCCAGUUCCUGUACGCGUUGAUGGUAACCAUGACCGUGUUCGUGCUCAUCGUGCAAGCGGUCAACAGAGAUACGACGACGUUCAUCCGCCAGUACAAUCAGCAGAGGUCAGUGACCAAUGCCCUGAGUCAUCUGGAGCUGGAUGCCAUGGAGACACAUCUAUGGGCGGAGCUUGGGCGGCAGAACGCGAAAACAAAGGAACAGAAACAGGCGUGCUAUUCAGUGAUUCAGACCGUCAUUCAGGACGUGGAAAAGCUUCGUCAGUCAAUAGAAACGAAGUCAAUCAACGCGAUGCAGAAACAGAAUCUGAAAACAUUGAUACAGGACCAGUCGAAGACAUCACUGGAUAGGUUUGCUGCGGACCUGUUGGAGUUCAGGAAGAAGUAUUCAAAGUACGAGGAGUACAUCCUACAUAAGUUGUCCACUGAGCUCAACAACACGUACGCCAGCAUAUCGAACUCCAAAUGGCUGCAGGGAGCCCAGUUCCUGUACCGCUACGUACAGAUCAGCAAGGAGCUACUGGGAGAGAAGAACCUCGUCCCGUGGAUGAACUGGGUCAACAUGCAGACCGACAUGAGGAGCCUUGUGGAAGGACUUACGCUUCCUCUCCCCGACCUCCCCGUCCUGACGAAGGACAGCCCCGACCUGACCAACAGGUUCACGCCUCAGCAGCAGCCCUUGAGGUCAGCACCCCUCUCCGUUCAGACCAUCAACAAGUGGGCAGUCCAACCCGAUAUGGCUCAAAACUCGGCCAACAGGACUAGAAACGGUCGCGAUGAUACCCAGAGGAAGGUGACGACAUUUGAUAUUGGCAGUUAUAAAAUAUUCGUGGUGUGUAUGGUCAUCAUAGACGUUCUAUGGCUGACCCAUCGCAUCGUGAAGGCGUGCGGGAUUGGCAAGCUGAUCCUCUAUGGCUACCCCGUCUAUAUGGACGUGCGGGACACAAAAGGCGAAAAGAAGGAAAACAAAACUCCGCUCAUGAAGACUGUAAGAGACCUCCUGACACGAGUUUUGGCGAAGAUGUUCAUACCCAAGCUGAUAGGAACGUUGUUUGUGUGUCUGAUGGUGUACUUUGUGACCAUUUGUGCGGACAAGUUUAUAAACAGGAACUCCUUCAAGCUCUUUGGCUACUACAACGAUAUGGAGGUCAUUAUGAAGAUCAACCAAGACGCCAUUAACGUCCGUAUCCGUUCUCACGCGGACCGGAUCAACCACAUGGAGUUUAAGAUGUACGAGGAGGCCAUGAACGUGAACGUCAAGAACCACCAGUACGUGCUGAACCUGAUACAGACGCAGUGGGGCGCCAUUGAGCGCGCGCACUCCCGGAUGUACUGCGAGUAUCUGCACAUGCUUAACGUGUCGGCGGUCUGCAAUGAGGUACUAGGAGACGACUCCCUGGCGGAAGUGAGGCCCGAUCGCUGCACGUUUCCGCCGGUCAUGCCGAACCUGUAUCAAAGGAAUGCAACGGAAGCAGCCCGGAUAGCCGGCGCUCAGUUGGACGGGUUUCUGUUCAAUAUUCGCAAGCUGGUUUUUGACACGUGCUACAUCAUCAUCAUAUACCUGUCUGGUAUCGUCAUCAAGGAGCUGCUGUGUGCAGUCCUCUGGAUUUAUGUCAAGAGGUCGGGCUUCAUGAGUUUGCGGAUAAUUUACGAGACGGACGAGGUGCCUGGAUCAUCGGAUACCUCCACCUUAAACAAGACAUGAACACAACGGUGUGCUUAAUGUUUAUAAUGUUAUGUAAUUAGGAUGACAUUGAUACAUAUUCAUCCGCCAUCGGUUUCAUAGACACAGCGUGGAAUUAUGCAGAGCUUUGAUGGCUAUGCAUGGAUAGUGUUUGCAAAGCAAGGAGCUUGGCAAAUAUUGUUUCAAUAUGACUACAAAGGUCUCUGUGUGAACGGAUCUAUUAAUAUUGUUUGUGAGACAUUAAACUAUCUUGCAGCAUAAUUUAAAAAUACACAGCGUUCUUUGGCGCUGAUUGCAUUAUUGAAAACGAAUAGCCUUGCAAUUUAAGGUACUUUAAAGUUUCCACAGUGAUACCAUAUUGGAACUUAACAGCGUGUGAAUUGCGGAAAAUGUACAAGUUUUCAGUGUUCAGCGCUUCAUGUGACAGAUGAAUACAAUAAACAUUUAUCUUCUGCUUUGAAGUGCUAUAAUUUUGACGAAAACGUGUUGCUAUUGUACAUAUAUGCACUUUUAUUACAUUAUGUGUUAUUACUGUUAUCGUUGUUAAAGUGUGAUAGCUAAACAUGCACUUUUAAUUUCUUGAAACUUAGAUUAAUAGCUCAUUUGUUAAAUGUCUUAAUUGGUUACAAGUACUGUUUUAUGUUAUGCUUCAUAGUAUGUUUAAGUUCUGAUGAGCUUUAUAGAGAAAUUAUUUGGGCAGUCCUUUUAGUUCAUAUUAUACUCCUUCUAGAACAAACUCAUUUGUCUAACGAUUUUCGUAUGCUGAUUGAUGUAUAAAAUAUAUUAUUCUUUUCAUAUUUAAGGAAUGAAAACUUCUGGUUUGAAAUCAUGCUGAUACAUCUUCAAAGUUGGCUUGAAUAUUGUGUUUUAUUAUUUAUUAUAUUUUGUUUCACCAGUUGAGUAAUAUUAUCUAAAUUACGUUUAUUUCCAUGAACAUAUAGCUCGAAGAACAUUUUGAUUUUUCAUUUCCAACUGUUUUUUAAGGUAUUCAGUCUAGUGCAAUUUUAUUUAUAAUAGAAGUUAAACGUUCUUAAAAUUUUUCAUCUUUGUGUCAAUAUGACGUAACAGAUUUUUUUGUAAUUUUAUUUGCAUAGCGUGCAUUUACUUUUUGCAUUACUAAUGGGUCGUAAAGUAUAUUAUGCGAUACAAGAAGUCACGUGGCCGACAUUGUUGGUCCUUUACUUAUAAUUUUAAAUUGUAUAGAAUUGUUAAUAUACACGUUAUGCAAAGGCAGUUGUCGUCAUAACUUUAUUUUUUUGAUCGCAUUAUGCGAAACUGGGUCUUAUAUCAUAUGCGGCCAGAGUAGACUUUGAUCAGGCUGCGAAUGGAUAAGACCCAUCUUCGCACGUCGCGGCACAAUUAAUUAGGGCACGACACUUUAACACCAAUUGUUUUUAUACUUUAGUCUAACAAUGGACUGUUCUUUAAUGGAUCUUUUUCAUGUAUUGGAAAUGUGUAAUUUUAACAAUCAUUUAUUCAUUUUACGUAAUAAUUUCAAAUGCCUGUUUUAUAAAAAAGGAAAUGUGUAAGUCACGUCGCACUUGCGUCAGAUAUACAACCUUUUAAAUUUUUGCUUCGUUUUAGUGUUUGUGUGAUCUCAGUAUCAUAAUUAUAUUCAUGUUCAUAACUCGUGAAGUGUUCAUAAUAAUGCUGAUAAACCAAUAGGGAUAUGAAAUAAUAAAAUACAGUCAUGUUUGAGUUA